UUAUAAUCAGUUUUACUAAAAUAAGUAAAACCAGUGUUUUUUUCAAACUCUUUAGAUUUUAUUAAUAUCUUUGCAUUUGUUAUUAUAACUAAAAAGACCAAUACAAUAAUAUUGUUUGAUUGUUUCCUUUUUAGGCUUUUUCUUUUUUUAUCAAAAUUAAACAAAUAUCGAAAUAGGUUGUUAGAAAUGGAUCAUCAUUUCCAUCAUAUUUAAUAUUAGCAGAAAUAGCAACAUAACAUGAAUGGCGAUUUUAAAAAAAGGCCAAAUACAGCCAUUAUUAUGAAAUAAUUUUACAAGCCUGGAGAAAGACCUAAAUCUUCUCUUUAGUAACACAAACUUUUAGAAUGGAAAUGUGAAUGCGGUGAAUAAUUAUAUGUCAAUAAAGUUUUGAAUUUAACUGUUCAGAGUGCGAAAUUCAGCAAAGCGUUUCCAGGUAGGAAAAUAGGAUUACAAAAUUCUAAUUUAAUUCAAAAAAUGAAAGGAAAUGAUUUGGAAAGCAAAAUGAAAUUUAAAGAAAUGUCUGUAGGGAGUAAAAUCAGUCCUUACGAUAUUUUAAUGGAAAAAUACAGCCAGCUAAAGUAAUAAGAAGAUCAAUAAAUCAAUGUGAUGAAUUAUACUAACAACUAUUAUGAAUAAUAACCUUAUAAAAAUAGUCAAAAUUUUUAAUAAAAUGCAAUUCACUUCUAGCCAAUUUAGAACUUCAAUAACUACCAAUAAGAUUCAUAGGGAAAUGAUGUAGUUGAUUAAAAUUAUUAAUAUGAAAAUAACAACAUUUAGUCGAACUACAACUAAUCUAAUUUCUUUAAUUAAGGUAAUCCACUUAUCAUAAAUAACCUAAUUUAGCAAGAGGAGCAGUUUCAAGAAGAAUAAUUAUAAGACGAAUAGUAGAAUUCUAUAAAUAUAGAUUCUUUUUAGAGACCUUAGUCAGCUAAAAAUAAUUUUCAUUAAUAAAAUAAAGAACCUGAAAAUGUAUAUAAUGUAAAAGAAGAAAACGAAGAAUCUUUGUAAGCAGAAGAAAAUAACAGUUCAUAAUAGAUUUAAAAUCACUCUUAAGAGCAUAAUUAAAUAGAAGAUUAGAUAAUCCUUGAAUAAUAAUAAUAAUAAGAUUUUUAAAGUUAGUAAUAAUAAAAUCAGGAGGAAUAAUUAUAAUAUGAUUAAUAGUUUUUGUAGCAAUUAAAGAUAUAAAAUGAAAAUUAAAUUGAGAAAGAAAAUCUAAAUAUGAGUGGCUCUAAUAGAUCUAUGUAAUAUAUGUAAUACUAAUAAAAUAUUUUAGAUUAAAAACUAACAAAUUAAGAUUAAAGUAUUGAAGAAUAUCCAGAACCUAAUUAAUUAGAAAAAAUUGAUUAAGUUAAUUAAUUUGAAUAGUAAGAGAAUUAAGUUAUUAAUGACUACUAAAAAUAAUAACAUGAAAAAAGAUAAAUUUAAUUAAAUAAAAAUAAGCAAUCAUUUGGUUAAAACACGGCUAAUUAAAGAUUCUUUUCAGCUGCAGCUGUAAGGAAGUAGAGUGCUAACAAUUAAAAUAAGCACAAGUUAAAAGAAGUGGAAACUCUGAAUUAGCAAUUCAAUCAAAUUCAUGACUUUAAUUAUUCUAUUGAUAAUGUAAGUAUUCUAUCUGAAAAAAAGCCCAAGAGACCUUAAACAAGCAAUCUUGCACGUCCAGUUAAUAUAAAUUUAGAUAUAAAGGAAGUUCUCACUCUUAAAAGAGUAGGUUCAGCAUAAACUGUUAGAAAUGAGCAAUAACUUGCUUAAGGGAAUCUUUCUAACUAAUAUAAAAAUAAAUAAACAGGCUUGGCUCCUUAUACCAGCAAAAAUCAGUAUUAAAUGAUCAACGGGCCUUUAGAUGAUGUACAGUUCUCUGAUUAUAUAUGUAAUAAUGCUUUCCAUAGACCUUCCAGUUAAAUUAAGAAUAGCUCCUUCUACACUUUAUAAUAGCGUACUAAGUUAAUAACAGAAUAAUAAUCUCCUUAAAUACAAGGCCAAGCAUAAAAUGGAAAUAUCAAGGGACUGUUUUAGUAGCCUCUAAUCAAUGAUUUAGGAAAAUAGGUGAAUAUAAGAUAGUUGAAGUAAAUGAAUAAAGCACAGUAAUAAUAAAAUAUAAAACUCUCGAGUAAUAAAUAUUAUGAUAGAUAGCAUAUUGAUACUUAAACAGAUGAAUUAGAUAAUAUUCAUAGAUUUUCUAAUAAUGUUAAUAACCCUACACACUAUCCAUUUAAAGUAAAAAAUCUAGUAAACUAGCAAAGCUCAUAAUUAAAUUUACCCCUAUUUAGCUAAUCAGUAAAAAACAUCAAUUAAAGACCUCAAACAAGCUUGCCCUACAAAAGAAUCUGA